AUGAAAACAUACAAUGGAGAUUUUAUAGCUCUCUUAGUGUAUGUUGAUGAUAUACUAAUUGCAAGCAAUUCUGUCCAAGCAGAGUCUGAUGUCAAAGAAUUUCUGAAGUUAGAAUUCAAACUCAAGGACCUUGGUAAAGUAAAAUACUUUUUAGGACUCGAGAUUACCAGAUCACUAGAAGGCAUAUCAAUAUGCCAAAGAAAAUAUGCUUUAGACCUUAUGGAAAAACAAGGAUUACUUGGAACUAAGCCUGUGAGUACACCAAUCGACUAUAAUCACAAAUUGUCAAAAUUCAAUGAUGAAGACAAGCUGACAAAUCCAACAAGCUACAAACAACUAGUUAGAAAAUUGCUAUACCUGACAUUUAACAGACCUGACAUCUCAUAUGCAAUGCAGGUCCUCUCACGGUUCAUGGAGAAGCCUGGCAUUCAUCACCUUGCAGUAGCUCAUAAGGUCCUGAAGUACACCAAAAGGGCACCAGGUCAGGGAAUAUUAAUGAAGUCAAAAUGCAAUUUAAGAAUAUCUGGAUACUCAGACAGCGAUUGGGCAGGAUGCCUUGACACUAGAAAAUCAAUCACAGGCUACUGCAUCUUCAUUGGUGAUUCCUUGGUGAGUUGGAAAUCAAAGAAACAGUCUGUAAUGGCAAGAAAUUCAGCAAAGGCAGAAUGCAGAUCCAUGGCUGCAACUUGUCGUGAAAUCAUAUGGCUAAGGUCUUUAAUGGCUGAUUUUGGGAUUAAUCAUUCUGAAACUGUGAACCUAUACUCAGACAGUCAAUCAGCGAUACAAAUCAGCAAAAAUCCUGUACUUCAUGAGAAGACAAAACAUAUAGAAAUGGACUGCUAUUUCAUUAGAGAUAAGGUAUUAGCUAGAUUGAUUAACCCCUUGCAUAUUUCAACACAGUCACAGUUGUCAGACAUCUUCACCAAAGCACUUCAACCGAGACAAUUCUAUAAUCUAUUGAACAAGAUGAAUGUUCAUGACAUUCACAGUUCAUCUUGA